UGGGGCGUCGCCCGUCGGGCGGGAAGGCGGAAGGACUUUGGACCGUGAGCUCCUGGUUCUCACCCACGAGAUUCCGCAGCCCCCUGACCCCGCACUCCCGGGAUUGCAGCAUGGAGGCCGGGCUGCUGUGGUUCUGCAACUGGAGCACGCUGGGCGUUUGCGCCGCACUCAAGCUGCCGCAGAUCUACGCGCAGUUGGCGGCGCGCAGUGCGCGGGGCAUCAGCCUCCCCAGUUUACUUUUGGAGUUGGCGGGGUUCCUGGUCUUCUUUCGCUACCAAUGUUACUAUGGGAACCCGUUGCUCACCUACCUGGAAUACCCCAUUCUCAUCGCACAAGACAUCAUCCUCCUGCUCUUCGUCUUCCACUUCAAUGGGAACGUGAAGCAGGCCUUGCCCUACAUGGCCGUAUUUGUGUCAUCCUGGUUCAUCCUCAGCCUGCAGAAAUGGAUCAUCGACCUGGCCAUGAACUUAUGCACUGUCAUCAGUGCAGCCAGUAAGUUUGCCCAGCUCCAGUAUCUGUGGAAGGUGCAGGACUCGGAAGCCGUGAGUGCACUGUCCUGGGGCCUCUCUGCCUACACCUGUGCAACACGAAUAAUAACAACUUUAAUGACCACCAAUGAUUUCACAAUUCUUACCCGUUUUGUGAUCAUGUUGGCUUUAAAUAUAUGGGUAACAGUAACAGUACUGCACUACCGGAAGCCUGUUACCAAAGCUGAAUGAUGGAUGUAUUCCUUCUACACACAGUGGACUUCAAAUAACUCAGCCAGGGGAUGCAGCGUUGCUUUCCAUUGCUACAUUUAAAGUCUUUUACUAGUUAAUCAUAUCAAAAACUUUAAAUCAGACUUGAAAAGCCUCUUAGCUGGAUAUGGAGGUGCAAACUUACAAUCUAGCACUUGGGAGUUUGAGGUAGCUUGUGCUACAUGGCAGACGAGACUCAGAAGGAAAAAGCCACUUGUUUAAAGUUGCCCAUUUCCUUGCCCUGCACCCACAGAUUGUGGUAGGACUUAGAUACUGGUUUUGUGUGUGUGUGUGUGUGUGUGUGAGAGAGAGAGAGAGAGAGAGAGAGACAGACAGAGACAGAGACACAGAGAGAGACAGAGAGAGAGACAGAGAGAAGGGUCUUACUAUGUAGCCCGAGCUACCCUUCAACUUGUGAUCCUCCUUCCUCCGUCUUUUGAGCAGCAAGAAUGCUGGACUACAGAGGGAACCGACCACACCUGGCUUGACACCCGCAAUGGUGGAUGCUGCCCAAGAAACCCUUAAAGUCAUGACUAAGUUCUUUUAGAGUCUUAAAUAGUUUUCCCACAAGAAGUGGGGUCUGCUUAGUCACAACCGGCAGUUUAACCCUUCCAUGACCAAGGGCUUGGCCUUGUAUGCAUCCCUUUAAGGCAAGCAAGGCUAUCAGAAUGCUCCCACACUUCACAGUGUGCCUUAAGGAGUUCCAGACAGAGCUCUGAUCUCUGUUUAGGUGAGGAAAUCUCAAUGGCCUUCCAGAUUUAAGCACAAUGCAGUUUUUAUUUUUAUUUUUUUAUUUUUUAAAGAAAGGGCUGUACCUCACAGUUACAUUGCUGGAACUUAGUACAAGUUUUAGCUACUGCAAGAUAUGCAUUAAAAAGUGUUGUUAAAUCAUACCCAAUUCUUGGGUAUUUUAUUCUUACUAAAGUAACAUAUCUUAAGCACUGUUCACAGUACUUCCUCUGAUGUUUUCUACACCUGACACUUAGAAGUGCACUCUCUUAUAUGUGCAUGUCAUUAUUCUGCCAUACUGUCAGUAAUGAUGUUUACUGGAAAAUGCUUAGUUUCUUGUAUAAAAUAAGACUUUCAUUUGUUGAAUUCCACUGA